AUGAACAACCACACGGAUCCCCCGAUACCUCCAACUCCCCUAGUCCCAACGAGAAAUGCCUUGAAGGCUGUCCUCAUUCUCGGCUUGUUCUUUUCGACUUUUCUCGCCUCAAUUGUAAGUUGAUUUACGCUUUCUUUUCUUGAAUUUAGGUUGAAUUGUGGAAGAACCUGCAUGAAUAACAUCCUCUUUUUUUUGUAAAUUCAUGAAUUCUGACCUUGGUUUCUUUUGCAGUCAGCUCUAGUCCUCAAACGAGCCACCGCGUCGGCCAAUUCGCCUCGAGCUCAGACGAUCUUCUCCAUUGUUUCAUGUUUUGGUGGAGGGGUCUUCCUCGCCACUUGUUUGAUGCAUCUUCUUCCCGAAUCCAUUGAGCAAAUCGCCAAAGGCCAAAAUCAACUCAAACUCGAGCUCGAUUUCCCUCUUCCGGAGUUUUGUAUCAGCCUGGGGUUCAUGUUUGUGAUGUUUGUGGAGCAGGUAAGCUGUUUUUGGUUGUCUUGUUCUUGUUUUUAGGUUGAAAUGAAUAAAGUGGGGGAUCGGAGAACCGGAGUGUAAAUAUUUUUUGAAACCACCAUGAGGAAACGUUAGAAAUAGAAAGGAAGGGAGACUUGACACAUGAACAAGAUGUGUUUCCUCAUUGUUUUCAAUUCUAGGCGGCCAUAUUUGCCCAUGAACGGCAAUGGAUUGGAGGGCAAUCUCUUCUAGCCCACGAAGAUCAUGAGGGAGACACUCGGCCGAUUGUGGAAGAAGAGCGCCGUUCAGUCGCAUCAAGUAUAAUAUCGGAUGAUCAUUUCGAGCAUGAAACGCAUUCGACUAUGAGAGCGGCUUUAUUGGUUAUGGCCAUCUCCCUUCACGCUGUAUUCGAAGGAUUGUCGGUGGGAAUGAUUCAGGAAGUGUCGGCAUUACUUCAGGUAAAAGAUUUUGAAAAUGAAUUUAAAGCCUUGAAUUGAAACAAUUUUACUUUUUUUUCAGAUUUGCGGAGCUCUUCUCAUUCACAAGGUCGUCAUCGGCCUCUCGCUGGGUGUACGCCUCGUCCAAAGCAACAUGAAGCCGUUUGGCAUCGUCCUUUGCUGUAUCAUUUUCUCCGGACAGGUCGUUGUCGGAGGCUUUCUUGGCCUCGGAAUCAUGGAUAUCCUGCGAGGGGAGUCGAUUGGCCUCACCAAUUUUAUCGGCGGCAUUCUUCAGGUAAGUUUUGGGGGAGGAAAACGUCGUUCGGAGGACAAAAGAUAUAUUAACAAUAUAUUUAACAAGACCUGUUAUAGAAGAGAGAAGAGAAUUUCUUUCGGUCAAGUCCCCAAUGAUGUUAUUAUUAUAAAUAAUUGUAAUUCUAGGCUUUCGCCGCCGGCACCUUCCUCUACAUCACUUGCUUCGAGAUUCUCCCUCACGAACUGAACAAACCCGGCUAUCGGCCGCUAAAGUUACUCUUCCUCUCCGCCGGAUUUGCCUUGAUCACCUUUUUCAUCGCCUACUUCCCGGAUGCGGAUGAUGGAAAAUAG